UUUCCGGCGUUUGGGCGGGGCCCGGGCAGGGCGCGCUGCCCAGAGCUGCCUGGGUUGCGCUGCCGGCCACGUACCCGCGCCGGGCCUCAGGCUCUUUCCUACUGUCCGAGGGCCACCAGGCCGCCGCGGGCCUGCUGCGCCCGGGUAAGGGGCUCGCACUGCCGUCCGGAGAGCUGCUGUCAGGGCUCCCUGACCGGCUUGGGACUGAGAGACAGAGGUGGGGGGGCAGGAGGAGGGUUGGAUGGGGGCACGAGGGGCAGGGGGAGAGCGAGUGGGGCUGAGAGAGGCAGGAGGAACGGGACAGGAGGAGCGGCGGAUGGGGCACGCACAGAGUGCAAGACGCUGAGCAAUGCAGAUGCGUCUGUUACCAGAGCGGAGAGUCUACCUUUGUCUCACAUGUGCCACAAAGGAUGGCAUGGCCCGGGAGUGCCCCACCAUGUGGCUUUCACCCCCUGCAAAGCCAGACUUCGCCCAGCGACACAGUGCCAAGCCUGCAGCUCUCCAAGGAGGAAGAUGGCCCAGGCUGGGAGCAUACCUUUAGCAGCGGCCUCUGAUCCCUUGGCCAAGCAGGAGGGAACCAUUAGCAGCCUGAGGAGCUGGCUGGCUGGGAGCCUCAGGGACCGCCCAGCCUUGCUCCCAGCUCACCCGCAAGAUGUGGACAGCUCUUGUGCUCAUUUGGAUUUUCUCCUUGUCCCUAUCUGAAAGCCAUGCGGCAUCCAACGAUCCACGCAACUUUGUCCCUAACAAAAUGUGGAAGGGAUUAGUCAAGAGGAAUGCAUCUGUGGAAACAGUUGAUAAUAAAACAUCUGAGGAUGUAACCAUGGCAGCAGCUUCCCCUGUCACAUUGACCAAAGGGACUUCGGCAGCCCACCUCAACUCUACGGAAGUCACAACAGAGGACACAAGCAGGACAGAUGUGAGUGAACCAGCAACUUCAGGAGGUGCAGCUGAUGGUGUGACCUCCAUUGCUCCCAUGACUGCGGCCUCCAUUACGACUGCGGCCUCCAUUACGGCUGCGGCCUCCAUUACGACUGCGGCCUCCAUUGCUCCCACAACUGCAGCCCCCAGUAUGACUGCGGCCUCCAGCGCUCCCACGACUGCGGCCUCCAGCACUCCCAUGACACUCACACCCCCCAUGCCCACGUCCACUUCCGCAGGGCGGACCCCAUCCAUUACCGCCACUGGGCAUCCAUCUCUCAGCACAGCCCUCGCACAAGUGCCAAAUAGCAGCACGUUGCCAAGAACAGCAACCCUGGCCAUGUUGGCCACACGUGCUCAGACUGUAGCAACCACAGCAAACACGAGCAGCCCCAUGAGCACUCAUCCGAGUCCUUCCAAGCACAUGCCCAGUGACACCACGGCAAGCCCUGUACCCCCUACGCGUCCCCAAGCACAAGGUCCCAUUAGCCAGGUGUCAGUGGACCAGCCUGUGGUUAACACAACAAAUAAAUCCACACCCACGCCCUCAAACACAACCCCAGAGCCCGCCCCCACCCCCACAGUGGUGACCACCACCAAGGCACAAGCCAGGGAGCCAACUGCCAGCCCAGUGCCAGUGCCUCACACCAGCCCAAUCCCUGAGGUGGAGGCCAUGUCCCCCAUGACACAGCCAAGCCCCACGCCAUAUACCCAGAGGGCCGCUGGGCCAGGCACACCCCAGGCACCAGCGCAGAUAGAGACUGAAGCCACAUCGGGUACUGAUUCCACUGGGCCAACACCCGGGAGCUCAGGGGGCACUAAGAUGCCAGCCACGGACUCGUGCCAGCCCAGCACCCAAGGCCAGUACCUGGUGGUCACUACUGAGCCCCUCACCCAGUACGUGGUGGACAAAACUCUCCUCCUGGUGGUGCUGUUACUCGGCGUGACCCUUUUCAUCACAGUCUUGGUUUUGUUUGCCCUGCAGGCCUAUGAGAGCUACAAGAAGAAGGACUACACCCAGGUGGACUACUUAAUCAACGGGAUGUAUGCGGACUCGGAAAUGUGAGGGGGGCGGGGGCCUGGCGGGAGGCCUGGCCCCUUCCUUGUCCUUUCCUUUUGCCUUUGAGACCAAACCAAGUGCUUCCAAAUUCUUUUGGUGCAAUUUAGGAGAUAUGCCAGAUGCUUAAACACAUUUAAUUGCUGUCAGAUUAAUUCCAUGAUCACUAAAGAGUUGCUGCUUUUUUCAUAUUUAUUUUUGUAAAUGAUCCUGUGCCCAGGAGCAGCUGGGGGUUCCACCUCAGGGUGGGGUGGGCAGGGCCCUGUCCCCCCAGGUGUCGGAGCCUGACCUGAAUUAAAGUACUGACUGCUCGCCA